UGGUUAGCUCAUUGUGUGUGUGUGUGAGAGGUGAAUGUUUGAGUGUGUGCAGCAACAAUGUCUUCAGUUCAGUCUCUGAGAGAGUUUAUCAGCGAGCGACUAACUGCUGCUGCUGAAGAAAUAUUCACAGAGUUUGAAAAAACCAUCGUCCGGUACGAGGAAGAGAUCGAUCGUCAGCGCAGACUGCUGGACAUCAGCUGGAAACCUCACACACACCUGCACACAACAGAACUCCCGCAGCAUUUUGUCUGGAGACGUGAGGAGCUGGAGGUUCUCACUGAGCAGCAGCUCAGGAACCACAAGAUGAACUCUGGAUUGGACCAGGAGGAACCACAACCUCCAGCAGGAGAUCAUCAACCACAGAAAACAGAAGACCAGGAGGAACCCAAACAUUUACAACAAGAGGAACCUGAACCUCUAGAGGAAGAACCAGACCUUCCAGAGAAGGAACCAGAAUCACAAGUUAAAGAACCAGAACCUCCACAGAUGAAAGAGGAACAGGAGGAACUCUGCAUCAGUCAGGAUGAAGAGCAGCUUGGUGUGAAGCUGGCAGCUGAGACCUUCAUGGUGACUGUUGGCUUUGAGGAAAAAGGUCACUGGGAACCAGAAGCAAACUGGGAACAACUCCUUCAGAAUUCUCCUGAAGCUGAGACUCAAGAUCAGGAAGGAAGCAGGACUGAAGAUCCUGGAUCCAGCAGAGAAGAGGAGCUGACACAGAACGAGAGACGUCCUCAAACCAGAGAACAUGGAGACGAUGUGGACAGUCCAGAACUGAAGAGACACAAGAAAAGUCACACAGAACUUCAGCAGAAUUAUGCCUGCAAAGAAGAGGAAGUUCUCACUGAGUUGCAGAUCAAGAACCAGGAGUGGAACUCUGGUUUUGACCAGGAGGAUCCACAACCUCCAGCAGUAGAUCGACAACCUCGAAAAAGCCAAGACCAGGAGGAACCACUUGUACAGAUUAAAGAGGACCUGGAAGAACCAGCACUUCCACAGACAAAAGAGGAACUGGAGGAACCAGUACCUUCACAGAUGAAAGAGGAGCAGGAGGAACUCUGUAUCACUCGGGAUGAGGAGCAUCAAGUUUUGAAGCUGGAGGCUGAGACCUUCAUGGUGACAGUUGAGGAUACAGUCCACUGCGAACCAGGACCAAACUGGGACAAGCUCCCUUCACAGAACUUUCCUCAUAUUGAGAACCAAGACCGGGAAGAUGCAGGAACAUCUAGAGACAGAGAACUGAACCCCAAGAACCGACCAGACAGAAGCCAAAGGAUAAUCAUCAAAUGA